AUGUCCUCAUCUUCUGCAAGGCAGCUUUCUGACAACUUGCGGACGGGGGUCAGCAUCGUGCACUGGUUGAUCGAGGGGGCGCACAGCAGCGUGCUGACCUUCUCGAGCCCUGUGACGGACCUCCUGAGUGACGGCGAUGCAAUCUACAUAGAGCCCAGCAGCAUCCGCGUGGAUGGCCAAGAUCUCGCAGCACUUAGUUGUGAUGCUGCGGCUGGCUUUACUGUAUUCCCAAGAAUCCAAGAACGCCACCCGCUGACAAAACCGAGGGACCAAGAAUGCCACCUGCUCACAAAAUCGAGGGAUUUGAGGGCCCAAGAAUCCACAAAGGCCAUGACCGACACGGAGAAGUUCUAUGCUAUGACCUUGACGGGCAUGGGCCAGUUCCAGGAGCUUGGUGGAAAGCUUCGGAGUUCCUGCGAUAUCCGAUAUCUGCGAUGUGCCUUCUUUUGGGGCCAGGAUCUUGACCAUACAGGAUUCGCAACGGUGAAGCCUGUAAGCAUUGUUUGA